UUCUAGCAAGGAAGUGAUUAGGCUAUACCAGUAGUUGUUUAGCUGCUUCCAUUCUGUUUAAUAAGCCUGCUAUCUCCAUAUCUGUUCUCAUUUACAUAUAAUUAUAAUCGAAAUGAGCAUUCUCAAAAGGUCUUAAUUGCUCCUCCUUUCCUCUGGUUCUUGCAAGCACAAUUUGGAGAGUUUUUCAUAAUACGCUUUGUUCAGUUUCUUACUCUCCCGCCAAGCCAACCACUUUAAACUCACUGCCUCUCCUCGUGCAUCAUCUGCACAACUCUGAAACAUUCGUGUCUCUGCUUCUUUGAUGUGUACAAUGCUUCCAAAGCUAUUGGCCUCAUCUUUCUUCGAUCGUUUCACUGACCAUUGAUCUUCAACGUUUUCAUAGUUGUGAAAGAAGUGUUAAUAUUAUUUGGACAAGGAUCAACAGGUCUCAUAUCUUUUUGUUCGCUUGAAGAGCUUGUGUCAUAGAAUUUGGAUUUGGGAAUAAGGGAGGUCGAUGCAGUAAGAUCAGUAACUGCAUGUUUUCCAAGACUAGUUGGAUUACUAAAGUCUGACAGUCCGUCGCUGCCAGUUAAUUAAAGAAAAUAUAAAUUAGUAAAGAAAUGACAUGUUUUGUGUCAAUGAAACAUGAAGUGGACGCUGAAGAACUAAGCACAUGAAAAAUGCUUACCUGUGCUCCGAUAUGGUGGUGGUAACCUUGACAAAUGGUGAGUCGAAACGUGUUGAAGCUAUCUGAUCAAGAGACACAUUAAGAGAAGCAAUGGAAGUGUUAAGAAACAUGUUUGGGCCUGACAUUCUCAAUACCACUGACAUAUUAGUCCCACGUUGGUGGAAUAAUCGGUUUCAGCAUGGUAGCUAUACAGUAAUUACCUCAUAUAUGCAAAUCAUCAACUUGUCCAUGAUAUUAAGAUAUAAUGGUUAGUGGUCAGUCAGAUGCUUUGAGAGGAAGAGGUUCGGGAUAUUUGAAACGUUAUGGAGGAAAUGCACAUAAGCUUGCUAGGCAAGAGAAUUGCGGAAAAGGAACUAUUCGAUCAGUUCAUAGCAGGUUUAGGCCAAUUGGUGACGGUGGUGUUGCAUUGUCAAACCAUGUUGGUGGAACAUGGUUUGACAGUCGAGUGGUCAAUAAGGAAACAUGUAGUGAUCGUAUUCAUAGGACUACAAGCUCGGAUAACAAUUCAAUUUUCCUAUCCGACUUGUCUGCAAGGCCUAGAGUUGUUGACGGUCAGUCAAGGGAUUCGAGGAAAAGAGGCUCGGGAUAUUUGAAACUUUUGGAGAAAAGGGAUGGAGGAAAAGCAUACGAGGUUUCUAGGCAACAGAAAUUACUUAGAAGAAUAGUGUCAGAGCCUAUUCCUCUUAUGGCUCAGAUUGUGCAACAGCUUGAUGACGAAACAGUUGAAUCAACAAAAGAAUACUUGAGUAACCUAAUAACAAUGCCGGAAAGGAUAUAUGAGUUCAUUAGUCUUCAAAACAGACUCGAUGAGAGAUCUGAUCUUACCAAUCGGACUCUCUUGAACUGCCAUAAGAUCCAACUAGAAUUUUUGGUUUCAAUAAGAACAGGUCUUGGAAGCUUCUUAUCGAAAAACACCCGCCUUCUAACAUCAGAAUUGGUUGAAAUUUUCUUACUUGAAAGGUGUCGAAACAUUAAUUGCAGGAGGCUUUUGCCUAUUGAGGAUCGCGGUUGCAAGAUUUGUUCAACGAAGAAGGGAUUCUGCAGCGAAUGCAUGUGUCUUGUGUGUCUGAAAUUCGACUGUGCCAAUAAUACUUGCAGUUGGGUAGGGUGUGAUGCAUGCUUGCAUUGGUGUCAUGCUGUUUGUGGUAUUCGUCAAAAUCUUAUAAAGCCAGGUCCAAGUCUCAAAGGACCCUCCGGGACAACCGAGAUGCAAUUUUACUGUCUGGGAUGUGGUCAUGCCUCGGAAAUGUUUGGCUUCAUUAAGGACGUGUUCAUGUCUUCUGCAAAUGAAUGGGGUGAGGAGACCCUGAUGAAAGAGCUUGAUUAUGUUCGGAAAAUCUUCCAAGGGAGUGAAGAUUUUAAAGGCAAGGAGUUGCAUGUUAAGGCAGAUGUCUUGCAUACAAAGCUAGCUAUGAAGAUGAUUUCCCCUUCAGACGCCUGCGAUUUUAUAUUUCAGUUAUUCAGCACUAUCAAAACAAUUGAAGAUGAAUGGCCAGUGAAACGAUCAAAGAAAGAUGAGGUUGAUAGCUUGGGAAGCAUUGUACGCAUCAAAGAAGCAGAGGCACAAAUGUUUCAGAGUCAUGCAGCUGAUGCACGAGGAGAGGCAGUGAGUUUAAGGCAGUUGGCUCGGCUGGAGAGUAUGAAACUGAACGAAGUGUAUUAUGAAAAACUCUCCAAAUUGUGUUUGCAAGAAACGGAGGAAAGGAGAAGGAAAAAAAUGGAAGAUCUUAAGACCUUGGAGAACGCUCAUUCCGAUUAUUGUGAGAUGAAGAUGAGAUUGGAUAGAGAAGUUGCAGGCUUAUUAAACAGAAUGGAAGCCGCCAAACAGCUAUUGGUAUAGCAUAAUCUCUUCCUUGCCAGUUUCUCCAGUAAUUGUGACAGUUACUUAGUUUCCUUGUUGCAAGUUUUCUAAUAGUAAAUGGUUGGUGAAAUAUUAUAAGUCUUUGGAAUACCUUUAAGUUAUAAUGUUUGGUUCAUUUGUUUUUUUCCAUAUGAAACUAAACAUUAUUCAAUACAAUAUUUGGUUUUAGUUUCCUUUUCUGCAUAAA